AUAUUUUUCCGUUAAUUUGCGGAUGGGAGGAAUCGUCGCGCAAACUUAAUUCGAUCGCUCCGACUAUGCAUAUGUCCAUGUCUUUGUGUUUUCGUGUGUGUGUGUGUGUAUAUGAAAUUGGCCUAGAUUAAUCAUAGCACUCUAAAUCUCAUUACUUGGAACAUCUGAGGGAACGCUGUCUAUAAAGGGCUCUUUGGAGGGGGCUUUCAAAUCGGGCCUUCAUCAGAUCAAAGGCCUCAGAUCUGGGAUGAAUAUUUGUCCUCGGCGGAUAUGUUUCGAGAUAAUCAAGCAUGGUCAGAGGAUCCACCGUUGGGUGAAGCGCAGCAGCAAGAGCUCCACGUUCUCGCCGAUUCCCGACCGAGCCGUCCGUGAACCUGUCGAUACCACGAAAGAAGCAAGCCGAGAGGGGGCUGGGUGGAAAACGAGAAGAGAAAGAAACAUGGAGGGGAGGACCAUCGCCAACUAAACCCAGCUGUGCUUAAAGAUGGCGGCCGGCGAUGCCGCAGACUGCGUAGCACGAGACCCGUCCGUUGAGGCGAUCAGGAAAGUCUACGACGACGAACGGCUCAAAAGUUGUUCUUGCGCACACUGAGAUUCGAAUGGACACAGUCGAUAACCUGGAAUGGACCGAUUUCUUGUGGACAAUCACCUUGGAUUCUCUGAAAAAGAGGAGAAUGCAGUUUUUACUGGAACUUGAUAUAGUCAAUGGUAUUGAAAUGGAAUCUUCUGUCAAUGGAGGGAGAGUUGGGGGAAGACAGAAAACGCAAGACAGAAACGUACCAUUUCCUCAGGCGGCAGUGUGAUUUCUGGCCGUGCGCGGCGCUGCACAUCUCCUGCUCCUCUCUCUCACUCACUCGCUCGCUCUCUCACUCGCACACGGGCACAGGAGUGUGAGAGACAGCCAUGGAGAGGUGGAGAAGCGACUGUUUUCUUUGUUAUUUUUAAACUCCGGGAUCCGCAUCGAUGACACGAUUCACAUCUCGCCGCAUACAACGCUAUUCCCGAUGCGCUCGAAAACGGAAAGUAGGUUCUCACAGGAGGAAUUCUUUUGCAGUGGCAUUAAUAGAAGUCUGGAUAUAAACUUUCUGCCUUGUGGGCUGUACUGGGACAGGGUGCAGGGACACUGUGAGCAUGAGCGGAAACGAGAUGGGCUGUUAUCUGCCAGACGUGGGCGGCAGCUUCACUGAGGAUGCCCCCAGACCCCCGGUCCCGGGGGAGGAGGGCGAUCUGGUGUCCAGCGAUGGACGGCAAUACGGCCACAGCUUCUACUCGUCUAAAAGCGAGAGCCUCAAGAACGAGACCUCCAUCGCGACGCCCCGAAGGCCCGACCUGGACCUGGGCUACGAGCCCGAGGGUAGCGCUUCCCCGACGCCGCCCUACCUGAAGUGGGCGGAGUCCUUGCACUCGCUUUUAGACGACCAGGAUGGCAUCCACUUGUUCAGGAAUUUCCUCAAGCAGGAGGAAUGCGCCGACAUGCUAGACUUCUGGUUCGCCUGCAGCGGCUUCCGCAAGCAGGAGGCCAACGAAGGCAACGAGAAGAUGCUGAAGCUCGCGAAAGCCAUUUACAAAAAGUACAUCUUGGAUAACAACGGAAUCGUGUCCAGGCAGAUCAAACCGGCCACCAAGAGCUUCAUCAAGGACUGCGUGAUGAAGCUCCACAUCGAUCCCGCCAUGUUCGACCAGGCGCAGACCGAAAUUCAGACUAUGAUGGAAGAAAACACCUACCCUUUGUUUUUAAAGUCUGACAUUUACUUGGAAUACACCAGGACGGGCGGAGAGAGUCCCAAACUGUUCAGCGACCAGAGCUCGGUGUCCGGCAACGGCAAAGCCCUGCCGGGCUACCUGCCGACUCUGAACGAAGACGAGGAGUGGCGCUGCGACCAGGAGCAGGAGCAGAGCCACGAAAGCGACCCCACUCCCAGCAACAGGCUGACCCAGAAGCUGCUCAUGGAAACGGUGCCUCAGCGGGUGGCCAGCAGUAAAAGAUAUCAGGACAACCGUGAGUACAGACACGCGUCAUGGAGGGAGCCCAUCAACCCGUACUACGUGAACACUGGCUACGCGCUGGCUCCCGCCACCAGUGCCAACGACAGUGAGCAGCAGAGCAUGUCCAGCGAUGCAGACACACUCUCCCUGACCGACAGCAGUGUAGAUGGAGUCCCACCUUAUAGAUAUCGUAAGCCGCAUCGACAUGAGAUCCACGAAAGUGCCAAAGUUAAUGGGCGAGUGCCACUACCUCAUAUUCCUCGCACAAACCGGAUGCCAAAGGAUAUUCACGUUGAGCCGGAGAAGUUUGCGGCGGAGCUCAUCAGCAGGCUGGAGGGGGUGCUGAGGGAACGUGAGGCGCAAGAAAAACUGGAAGAGCGGCUCAAGAGGGUUCGACUGGAGGAGGAAGGUGAUGAUGCGGACAUCUCUACCGCUCCCUCCCUGGCCAAUCACAGGAUUCCUCCCGCGGUCCACGUGCAACAUUAUGGCGGCCGCUACUCUGAAAUGAGCUACAACGGGCUGCAGUUACGGGACGCGCACGAGGAAAACCCUGAGAGCAUCCUGGACGAGCAUGUGCAGCGUGUCAUGAAAACGCCGGGCUGUCAGUCUCCGGGCACGGGCCGCCACUCUCCGAAGUCCCGCUCCCCUGACGGGCUUCCGGCAGGCAAGAUUUCCGGGAUGAUGAUGCCGCUGUCUGGUGGCCAAGGCAAGCACCAGACUCGGUUGGGCCCGAAGGGUGAGGCGUCGCACCUGCACCAUCACAAACACAUUCACCACACACACUAUGCCGCGGCGGGGAAACCCAAAGAACAGGUGGAGGCGGAAGCCAUGAGGAUGCACGGAGGAUUCGCCUGGAACAUGGAGCAACACCACUAUGGAUCCAAGCCACGCAAUUUUGCAGAUGGAAUGAGUGUCGGCCCAAAUGCCAUGGACCCUAUGGGUUACGGUAAAGGAAGCACGCUGUCAAAGCGUCCCAUCAGAAAAGGAGAUGAUGGUCGAAACUUUGAGAUGCGAGAGCCUUUGCCCGGUGAUGAUAUGGAGAGGAACCAGAAGAUACUGCAGUGGAUGAUGGAGGGUGAGAAGGAAGCUGGACGCUAUAAGAGGAGUCCUUACGGGAGCAUCUCUGGCUCCAAGAAGGCUCAGAGUCACGAGGUGUCGAGGCCCAGCUCGGUGGAGCGGCCGGGGGCUGUCCACCCUUGGGUUACCGCUCAGCUCCGCAACAACGUGCAGCCCUCCCAUCCCUUCAUCCAGGAUCCAACCAUGCCCCCCAACCCAGCCCCCAACCCCCUCACCCAGCUGGAAGAGGCGCGCAGGCGGCUUGAGGAAGAGAGGAGGAAGUCUGGAACAUUGCAGGCUAAGCAGAGGCAUAAGAAUAUGAAGAAGCAGCCCUGUGAGAACAUCACCGUGGCCUAUUACUUCUGCGGAGAGCCCAUUCCAUACAGGACAUCCGUAAAAGGAAGGAUCGUCACGCUGGGACAAUUCAAGGAGCUGCUUACUAAGAAAGGGAGCUACAGGUAUUAUUUCAAGAAAGUGAGCGACGAGUUUGACUGCGGGGUGGUGUUCGAGGAGGUACGCGAAGACGACGCCAUCCUGCCCAUCUUCGAGGAGAAGAUCAUCGGAAAAGUUGAGAAGAUCGACUGAGCCCGGAAGGGAGGGAGGCGGGAAGAAGAGGGACUGGAGAAAGGGAAGAAGCGGCGAGCAGGUGCUGAGAUUGGUACAGCGAACGUGGACGCGCAGGAGAGCGAGAGGUGCAGAGCAGGGACGGUUGCUGUGGAAAGUACACUAUUUACUCCGAGGCUUCUACCUCCGCACGACGGCUGCUCAGUGCUCAAAAUCACUGCAUUGUGCACGGAGAGCCCUUGGACUCACAGAGACGAAAGCGUGAGGCAGCAUUCUCUCACUUUUGCUAUAUUUCUAACUCUGAAAAAUGUAAUGUAGCAAUGUAAAGUUAGCUUAGAAAAAAGUACUAUGAAUAUGUUUACUAAAGCUGCAUAUUUUUGAUAUGACGUAUCAGAAGGAACAUAUCCUUUCUAAUUUAACAACUCUUGUAAUUUUAUAUGUACUGGUACCAGAUGUGUACAGACUGUCUGUUUAAAAGGAAAAAGAGAAAGUUUUAUAUCUAUUUAAAUAUUUAAAAAAAAGGACAAAAAAAAAAAGAGGAAUCGGUUCACCCAUAUCAAAGCUGCGGCGGCAUCAACCCAAUACAGCGGUAGUUUUCACAAGGCUGUGGUUACGAGGAAAUCAUAACCCACGCUUUACCAAGUGCUUUUAUAAAUCAUAAACCGGUUAGUCACUUUGGAGAGGGAGGAGUCAGUCGGCGCCGCACUUUUUCACCGCAUUAUGCAUUGAUGUCAAAGGAGAGCCGCUUCGAGCGGACGUCCUAUACGACGAUGCCUUCACAUUGCUCCGUGUCUUUCGUUGAUGUCAUGACAUGCAUAAUAAUUCCUCCCCUCUUCAUGAUUUAAGCGCAACGAGUGCGCUGAUUAUAUCUCAAGUGGCACAAUUUAUAGGUCUAUAGUUUAUAUCCAGAAUCUGUAAGGUCGCUUAGCGCUGACGCCUGUUUAGGAGCAGGAGAAUGUGAGACUUGUGGAAGAGGACACGACGUUCUGGUCGUCCUGGGGUCCAUCGUUUAUCUAGUGCCAUUGGACAAUAUACUGAUCAUGUUUACACUUACCUUAAUGUAUUACAGAACAAGAAACAAAUAGAGAAUUGUAGCCUUUUAGCUUAACACGGCUAAAUGUGGUGCCUGGCGAGAAUGAAAUGUAGUUUUAGCCUUGUUGAGAUCAUGAAACACCAAAGAGAACAAUCUACCACAGGAGUCGAGUAAUAUCCGUUUGCGUCGCUUCAGCGACAAAAAUGAAGCUCCUUUAUAGAGUUUUCAGGCUGUGUGUUGUAACGAAACACUGCGAAGUGUACUAAACGCUAGGAAAGGCCUGACGAGAACAAGUCGGACAUGGUGCUGUAACGUUAGAAUGCUUUCUGUUGAUCUGGCAUCCCACUAUUUUUUUUUUUAAUUCCCCAGUGUAGUUUGAUUUAAGUUGCCGUUGUCAUCAAUGUUUGUCAUGUUUUUUUUUUUUUUUUUUUUCCCUCACGUUCAGUUUGAAUUGUUUUAAGCUUUCAUCAACUUGAACAAUAUGGGUACUUGAUGCAAAAUAUGGAACAUUUCUCAUGUUUGACUUUUUUUUAAUUACGGUGUAAUUGUCAACUGGGAUGUAAA